UUCAUGGUCAAUAAAGGAUUAGAAGGUAUCGAGCCUCACCCUACAACAUCAACAUGAACCGAAUUACCGCCAGCAUCUUCGCAGUUUUUCUGUGUUUUGCAGUGGGUCAUGCCCUUAAAUGCUAUAAGUGUGAUUUUGGACUAUGGAAAUUGUGUAUAACUUCGGAGAUAACUUGUCCUUCUGGGGAGCACUGCUACAGCGAGGUGGGAAAGGCAGCGGGGUUUGUCGACAUCCAGAAGAAAGGAUGCUUGGCAGUGAGUCAGUGCAACACAACGAGCACUGUGAACUUUCCAAGUGGUAGCAACUCGACUGUGUACAAGACGACCAGGACAUGCUGCAACACGGACCUGUGCAACGCUGCCCCUGGUCUGCCCACACUCGGCCUGGCUCUGACCUCUCUCUCCUCCCUCCUGGUGGUCAAACUCCUGCUGUAAGGGAGAGGGUGUCCACGCUUACACAAUCACACACACACACACGCACAAUCACACACACACACGCACACACACACACACACACACAAACAACACAGCUGCAAACAAGAAGUUUGUGAUAGUGUAAGUUAAAUGGAUGUCUUUUUGCAAGUUGCUUCCUGUCAAACACACACCCACACACACACACACACACACAUAUAUAUAUAUAUAUUUGUCAGUGUGAAAAUAUGAUAAUGCCACAUGUAGAAAUACAGUCACCAGUGAGAAAAUACCAACAUAUAACUUACACAAAGCCCUUUUGCUGUCUUUCCCAAAAAGAAAAGAAAAACACUGAGACUGAUAUCAACAUGUUUGUCUCAUACACUC